CUGAGUCCUGGAUGGUGCCUUCCUGGCUCAGAGCUGGGUCUCUCUCCUGGGCCUCCAGCAAUCAGGAGCAGCCACAUGGCCGCCCCUUGUUUAGAUUCACACUCCCAAGAAAGGAAAUUUGACUUGCCCUCAAAUGGGGGCCUGCCUCUCUGCCAUCUCCAAGGGGGCAGAAGAUAGGAGCUGCCUCUCUGCGCAUCUCGAAGGGGGCAAGAGAUAGGAGGCUGCCCCUCUGCCAUCUCCAAGGGAGCAGGAGAUAGGAAGGCUGCCCCUCUGCCAUCUCCAAGGGAGCAGGAGAUAGGAGGCUGCCCCUCUGCCAUCUCGAAGGGGGCAGGAGAUAGGAGACUGCCCCUCUGCCAUCUCGAAGGGGGCAGGAGAUAGGAGGCUGCCCCUCUGCCAUCUCCAAGGGGGCAGGAUGCAGGUUUGCACUGAGGAUGUUUGUCUGCUGGCUCUGAACAAAGAGAUAAAGAGCCCCAGCCAACAAAGUCUCAGCGUGCCGAAGGGCUUAAAAAAAACGAGCCUUGUCAUGGACCAAGAGCAUCCUCGAGGGGAACGCAGCAUAAACAACAGGAAUGAGCUGCGGAAGGUUCUGCAUCUAGAGAUGCUGUAUAAGGAAAACAAGGCAAAGAAAAGUCCUCUGAAAACAAGCCUCGAAAUCAUUACCAGUUACUUUUUGGAUCAUUUUGGAAAGAACAGUGACAAUUUAAUACAAGAAGCACCACUUUCUAUUGUUUCAGCUUCCAAGAUGAAUGACAAACUACCUUUGAAAUGCUCUGAGAAUUCUGCAGUGAAUAAUAAUAAUGCAUGUGAGAUUUCAUCUGACCGUGGAAAGAACAGUAGGCAUGGUGAAUGUGACGGGGACACACUUGGUAACACUGCGUCCCCCAAGAGACCUCUGCAUAAAAGCAAGACUCUCAAGUCCAUCGCAGGAGACGGUAACUAUUCGCCACCAGCUGGAAGGGAGAAGAUCAUGGCCAGCAGCAUGGAGAACCCCAAAAUGGUGGAGCCUUCUUCAGAAGUGAAGAAAAUGGGAGAUGUCAGAUUCAAGCCUGGCCUCUUGGCUAGAGGAAUUUUGUCUGGGCCCAUCACGCAAGAGGACCCCCUCAGAAAGCGUUUCCUGAGACGGUUGUCAGGACCGAACGCAGCGCAGAGCAGAGAUGAAGACCCUCCCAAAUCCUUAGAGCUAUCCCCUACUGGCCACGUUCUGUCUGAUGCCUCAGUGGCUAAAAAUGCCUCUUCCUCCAGAAAGUCCCUGGGCAUUCACGGCAAUUGGGACUCAGAGAAGUGGAAGAACCCACCCAGCGCUUCUGACCCUCUCAGCAAAAUGCGCUUGGAAACAGCCAAAAACAGACUGAAAGACUUCCCGGAAGGCAAGGCCACAGUGAGUAAUACCGGCGAGAAGACUGGGCCAGAUGGGAGGUUGCUCUUUCCCUGUGGAAGUUCAAAGCCUUCUCAGGAAAGACAGGAAAAGGCUUUCAAAUGGAAUACUCAGGCCUUGGCAAACAGGACACUCUCUAUACAUACCAUGCCUGUCUGUGUGAGUGAAGAAGCAGAUGUCCUCACAGUCGAGGAUAUGGAAGAUGAAGAACUUUUGAAUGAAGACAUCGUCCAUCCCUCAGCCCUGUCGACGUCGCUGCUGAAGCUGCAGGUGACGUCCAAACCAAUGAGCCUCGUGGCAGCAAAAGAAAUAAAAACCGUUCUGUUUGGCUCAGCUCUUUGUGGCUUCAAUGAAGAAUGGAAAUUGCAGAAUUUUACGUUCAGUGAAAUGGCUCAGCUCAAAUACGGUCUCGUGCAGAACAAAGGGGGGCCAUGCGGCGUUCUGGCUGCUGUGCAGGGCUGCGUCCUGAAAAACCUCUUAUUUGGAGGGGAGAGCAGAAGAACCAGCACCCGGGAGCUACAGCCUUCAGACACCUACCGGACCAAUUGCCUCAUCAUGGCCAUGGCUGACAUUCUGUGGCGGGCAGGUGGAGAGGAAAAGGCGGUUGUCGCAUUUUCUCAUUUGAACCCCGCUCUACCGGACAUUAUCACUGUCCCUGGAGUAUUUGGAGAUAGCAGAAGGACAGCCAGUCCAUCCCACCAUCAUCAGCGUAUGACUAUCUCUGGUAUUAGGGCGUCAGGAAUGCAGCAGUUCAGCCCAGGAGGAAAAUACAAAGCGGAUGGAGUCUUGGAGAUGCUGAUACUGCACAAGGUGACCAAGUAUGAAGAUUUGGUCAUUUUUCUUCAACAAAAUAUCCAUCAGUUUCAGACUGGCCCCUCUGGAUGCAUUCUUCUGACCCUGUCCGCCAUCUUGUCCAGAUCCACUGAUCUAGUGCGCAGGGACUUUGACGUGCCCACCAACUGCUUGAUCGGAGCCCACGGAUACUGCACCCAGGAACUUGUCAACCUGCUUCUAACUGGCAAGGCUGUGUCCAAUGUUUUCAAUGAUGUGGUGGAGCUGGAUUCUGGAAAUGGGAACAUAACCCUCCUCAGAGGAAUUACAUCUCGCAGUGAUGUCGGACUCCUGUCUCUGUUUGAGCACUAUGACGUUUGCCAGGUUGGCUGUUAUCUGAAGACUCCCAGGUAUCCCAUCUGGGUUGUGUGCAGUGAAAGCCACUUCAGCGUCCUCUUCAGCCUUCAGCGAGAUCUCCUCAGUGACUGGAAAGUGGAGAGAAUAUUUGACCUCUAUUACUACGACGGGCUGGCUAACCAGCAGGGGGAGAUUCGGCUGACGAUAGAUACAACCCAGCCUGUGCCCAGAGACAGAGAGAAGGACCUCGUUCCCCCCCUCGAACACUGCAUCCGCACCAAGGAGCUUAUCUUCUGAAGAGGAAAGACAGCCCACCGAGGUGCCCUAGAAAGCAGAGGGGAGGUGGAAGGACGCGUUCGUGGACUGGAACGGUACAGAACCCAUCCUGUGAGCCUGGGCUUUGGCAGCCCUAGCCCUGUACCUGCUGAACGAUUCUAUUUCCCCACCCGUACCAAGCCACUGAGCUCCUGCCAAGGGGCGUUUACAGACCUUCCCUCACGUUUUCUUUUGUGUCCACCUUGUCCAAGGGAUCCAGCAUCAGUCCCUCCUCGAGCUGCCUGCCUCCUGCCAUUGUCUCCAAAGGUCUGAAGAAGGAGGGGCUCCAGGCGCUGACUCGGGUGGCCUGCCCAGAACAUCCCGUGUUGCUCCUUUUCCGUCCCAGUAAAGCAGGGGCUCACAAUGCUUGUUGUGGGUCUGUUCUUGUUCCUGCUGUCCCAGGAGGGCCCCAGGAGGUAGGGGUGCAUUGGGACUCUCCCGUGAGAGCUCCUUAUCUGCCGGGCCAGGGCCUAGGGAUGAUAGCCAUGGGAUGGCCACAUCUGUGGCCUGUGACGUGGAAUAGAACUCGGCGUCUGGCAUCAGCCCCCUGCCCCCUGGCAUGCCUGUCUGGACAGAGAGGGGUCCAGGCCAGUGCCCCUUGGCCUUCGUUCACCCUUGCCUUCCUGCCUGCCCUUUCUGAUAUCUAAGGGAGCCCACUCAGGGUGCCAGCCUCCACCCCAGCCCUGCCCUGAUCGAGUUCACGGCCUAGCUGGUGAAUGAAACCCAAGCUGUGUAGCCAAGAGAGCUGCUGGCCAGGGUGGAGGAGGGGGGCCUCGAAGCAGCAGCCACAGCCAGGGGCCAAGCCUGCCUGUGGCUGGCCUCGGUUAAGAAUUCUGCUCCAUGAACUUGUUUAGACUCACGUAUCUCCCAGUUUCUCAGCAAAAAAUUCCUUUUAAAACGCUGCCUCUUGUCCCAGCUGCACUUCUGUCCAUACCUCGACCUGAAGGAAGGGAACGCUGACUGUAGCAGGCCUCUCUCUGGUGGUUCUUCGGUCUUCCGAUGUGCACUUAGAGCCUGAUGGGGACAGCCUGGCUCCAACGUAAAGCCUUCCACGGUCUGGCUCCUAUCCACCAUCGCAGACCAUGGACGUGCCACACUCCCCACCUUUCUCACUUGCUCCUGGGAAGCCUCCCCUGCCCUCUCCUUUAUGGUAUGAUUGGGUCUUUAUCUAUGUUUCUCUAGUAGAAUGUAAGCUCCUUGAGGGCAGGGCAGGGCCUGACCAGCCGGGACCCUUAGGCUGUGUCAGGAGGCCUGAAGGGGUUGGGGAAAGAGCCAGUCCAGGCCUGUGUGGGAAGGGAAGGCCAGAGAGGGGGCAGAAAGGAGCCAGCAGAGUGAUGAGGGCCCCGGGGGGCAGGCGUAGGGGGCGCGGGAAAGAAAGGGGCAUGGGAAAGAAGAACUUGUUGGCCACUUGGGGCCUGGGCCUUUGGUACUCAGAGCCCCAGACUGGGGCGGCUUUUCCCCAGGCAGCUGCAGUCUCACCACCAGCCACAAACAUUUCCCAAGUAUCUGGGGCUGGGCUGGGCUCCUGCGUGGAAACAUGCACCUUUAAUAAGCCUGGCCUUUGCUUGGAGCAUCUGCAUUGGAUGUUUUUAAUAAAGCUGCUCAGGAAAA